AUGGGUCUCAGCAUCGAGUUGCUUAUAAGCAAUUUAUUUCUUAAGUUUAUUAAACUAAUUUAUGCGAUUUGCCUUUUAUACUUUAUAAAAUUUCUCUCUGAAUCUUAUCAGGAAAUCCUUACGCUUGACAACAAAGCUGAAAAAGCUAAGUCAGCUUUUGCGUGGUACUUGACUUUACUGUGGGACUUUUUUUUGUUACUCUUCUUUAUCAUUCAACAUUCGUAUCUGGCCUCAUUACACUUCAAAUUUCGCUAUGCUGCCUUGUUCCCGGAAACUACUUCUAGAAGUACUUACGCUCUGUGUACAGUUCUUCACUUAUGGGUGAUAAGAGCGGCGUGGCUACCGACAUAUGAGCUGCAGCUAUGGAGGUUUACGACCUCAAAAACUUUAUUUUGUGCAAUUUUUUUUACCACAAUACUACUGCUCAUAUGGAAAACUUUAAAUUUUGAUCACUUCGAGCUACUAGGACUUAGCCAAACUUACACUGCACUGCGAGGUCUACAAGAGAGAGGCAUACGCCAAAAGCCUGGAAUGCAGAGAACUUUGGAGCGGAUGAGGCAUCCAGUGCUAAUAUCCGCUGCAUUGCUGUGCUUCACCGUCCCUACUUUGCGCUACGACAGAUUUCUAUGCGGUGUAGUUCUUAUUACUUAUAUGCUUGUGCGUAACAAGGUGGACUAUCUGGAUACUCGACAUACUAAACGGGAAAUAAAAGCUCUUUGGGAAGAUCUUAUUAAGUAAGUAAAAGCAGAAUCGGCCACAGCAAGACU